AGCUGAUGUUUCAGCCUCAAUUUUCAAGCCCGGUUUGCCCAGCGUAUGCGCCCGGAACAGCUAUGGUGGACAGAAGAGAGACUUUCUGGGAGCUGCACCGGAAGCUCGCGGAAUGCUACGUCAACGAUGUUGCAGAGCGGCCUGCCAAUCCCCAUCCACUCGCUCUUGCUGGAAAGCCUUCCAUUCCCGCACCUGGCCGAAUUGCAAAUUCGCCUGUGGUCCACGUAUCCAGCAUAGCGAGCAUGAGGAGGGAGGACUCCUUUAGCUCCGCGAUAACCGACAAGAAGAGCGACCCGGAGGGCGAGAAGUCUUCUGCACAAGGUCAGCCUUCGCUCUUCGACCAGGUGGUGCCGCACAACGAGGAGGCGGGGCAUGCGGCAAGAGCCCGUGCCUCCCUGGCGCAGAGGAGGAGAAGCACAGUGGAGUGCCUCAUGAACGUGCAAGGUUUGCUGAAUCUAGAUGCUGAGCGUGAUUUGUCAGGCGGAAGCUCGUCCUUGGACAUCACCCGAAUCGACCUGAAGCCCUUCGACCACUGGGUGAAGCCGCCCGCAGGUGAUCAGCGGAUGAUGUCCAUGAGAUACCUAUCGAAGGAGCGAGCUUUGCAGUCUGGCGAGGAUGACAUGCUCGGCAGUGAGAUGCCCUUGGAUGGCUCAAGAAGCAUGAUUCACCCAGGGGGGAGCUUUCGCCUGGUUUGGAAUGUGCUGGUUGCGCUUUGCUUGGUGCAUGACUUGGUGGUGAUCCCUCUUUACGUCUUCGAGAUCCCCGACUCCUUCAUUCUGAUUUUCUUGGAGUGGUGUACUCAGCUCUUUUGGAACUUCGACAUCAUUUUGUCCACCAGAACUGGCUACUACAACAAGGGCCUCCUUAUCAUGAAUCCGCGCAAGGUGAUAAAGCAUUAUGUGAAAACCUGGCUCAUCUUGGAUGUGACACUGGUGUCUUUGGAUUGGGUCUUCGUGGUCAUGGAGGCCUCUGGUAUGACGGUGACCUCAGUGGCCCAGCUCUCACGCACAAUCCGCUUCCUGCGGUUCCUGCGGUUGGUUCGCAUCCUGCGCUGGGUGAAGUUGAGACGCAUGGCGGAGAUGUUCCAAGAACUGAUCCAGAACCAGGCUGCUUCAAUGUACUGGAGCCUCAUUAUCGGCAUUGCCCGGCUGAUCAUUCUGAACCACUUGAUCGCUUGCUGCUGGUACGGCUUGUCCCGGCUACAAGACCCCACCAACAACUGGGUGGCGUCUAACUCGCUGAGUGACAGCAGCCCAUUCCACCAGUACGCGGUGUGCAUGAAUUGGGCCUUUGCACAGCUGGGUGUUGGCUUGUCGGACAUCACGCCGAACACAACUCUGGAGACCUGGUUCUCGGUGCUCAUUGCUUUCAGGUCGUUAAUCACCUGCACGUCGCUGAUCAGUCGCAUGACGUCUUUGCUCACAGCCCUGAUCAAAACCAAGGAGGACGAAGAGCGCGAGUUCCGUCUUCUGCGGACCUACCUGACCUGCAACGAGAUCCCGCAGAGUUUAGCCCAGAAAGUCACCCGCUUCUUGCAACACCAGUUCACUCUUCGGAUUCAAGCCAAAUCUGCGGACGUGCAUGUGCCCCUCUUGGAGUUGUUGUCCACGCAGCUGCAGGGCGAGCUCCAGUUUGCCCGGUUUCGCGCCUCGCUCUUAAAGCUGGAGUUCCUGGACCACCUGCUGGACGAAUCCACGGACCUACAGCUGAUGUACGCCAUGCAGGAGCUUUCCACCAAGGCCUUGGUAAGUCUCCCAGUUGCCUCCGGCGACAUGAUCUUCAUCGGCGGCAACCCAGCACGCCACAUGUACCUGAUCAUCCAAGGGGAGUUCACCUACUACCAUGAGAAGGGACGGGGGAUGCUGGAUGGGGAGGCUGGCUGGAUAGCAGAAAUGGCGCUCUGGACUCCCUGGGUGUACUUGGGUGACCUCGUGGCCAAGGACGUGGCACGCAUUGUUUCCAUGGAUGCGAGCAUCUUCGGCAAGAUCGUGAGCCAGUGCCAGCCAGCAAAGGACUUUGCGAAAGAGUACUCUCGGCAUUUCAUCGCGGGGAUGCGAAGGAAGAAGUACUGGACGGACUUGGUUCACGAUCAGGCAGAUGAGGAAAGCUCCACUGGUGAAGUCAUAGGGCUUCAGUCCAUCGUUAAGCCCAAGUCGGUGGCGGCAUCGUGCUGCAAGUGGUGGCGACAUCGUCGGAAACGGGUCGCAGUCGAGGGCAAGUGAAGGCCAACGGAGAAGUUUCUGCCGCAUGGCAUCAGAGCUUCGUGCCGCUUUGCACGGCGUGCUCAGCUGCUUUGGAGUACCUCAGCCACUUCAUGGACUUUGACACUGGUUUUCAUGGGCACCGGAUCGCUGUGGUACAAAUUGAUGGCGUGGCUCGGCGAAGUUGGUCCCACAGCUAUUGUUAUGUAUUUGCCCAAGGGAGAUUGUCACUG